AUGGGAUACGCAUUUGCAGGUUAUCCCACUAGGAUUAACAAGAGGAGAAAACUGAAAAGCCACGAUGAGCUGCCGAUUUAUUACGCAAAUCAUAUUUCAUUCGAAAGAAAAAAGCAACGAUCUAAACAAAUUGAGGUGGAAAUAACGACAUUAAAUGCAACCAAUGAAGAUCGGAAACAACUGAGUCAAGAACCAUUAACCAUUCAGUCAUUACCACCAGAAAUUCUUAGAAAUAUAUUCGUUCUUUCAGGGGAUUAUGAGACAAUGCCUCUCUUAAAUAAAUAUUUUUGCUCGAUACUUAAAUUUGAUGCGUAUCUGUUGAAGAGAAUGUUUUUCCAUACUUAUAUUUUUAACCCUUUUGAUUAUGAGAUUCAUGAAUCAAUGCGAAACUUAUUUUUGGAGAAAUCAUUGAUUCUUCCUGAACUUUUUGAGAAUGAAACAUUCACGAAAUAUUUUGCCAAUAAUUAUCAGGAAUUUACAAACAACAAAUUUGUUUUAAUGAAAUCACAACUCUGUCAUGAUAUUGAAAGGGGAACCUUUUCUUGUCCAUUCACAGAAGAAGAAUUAUCAGAACUUUCAUCUGCCAUCAAUUCGAAAGCGGUCGAUAUUCCAUGGUUUUUCUAUGAAAGAGUGAGCAUUUUUUUUGAGAAUCAUUGUUUCAUUGAGUUUUUCUCUCAGUUAGCAACCUUGGAGGAUGUGGAUAGAAUGCUAGCAAACAUCUUUGACCAUUUCUUCUUGGGCCAUGACACAUAUACUUCUGAGACAUUUUUUGGAACAUUUGACAUCGUAAUGAAAUUUGCAGAACAAAAGUCGUUGACCUCACCUUUUGUACUGGCUCGUUUAUUAAAUUCCUUAUAUUUGGAGGGAGAUGAUCCAAUUGAAAGGAUAAUGAAACCUUACGAAACAGAUGUAUCUACUGUGAGAUUAACUUUCUUUCAAAAGGUUUUGAAUGAUUACUAUACUGAAGAAGAUGCAAGCCAGUCUGUAGUAGACCCUACUUUUGUUAGUCUUCUGAAAAAAACUGGAGAUAUGCGACUAAUUGAGUUUGUUACUUCGAUAAAUGGAUCUGUAUUAUCCCAAUUAUCCUGGUAA